AUGGAGUAUAAAGGGCCUCUAAAUAAAAAGGAAAAAGAGGAUGAAAUACUAAGGACGAGUAAUGAAAAAGUAAUUGAUUAUAAAAAUGAAAAUACAGACGAAAAUAUAGAAGAAAAAGAGAAUUCACAAGUGUUAAAAGAUUUAUGUCAAGAUGAAAAACUAAUUAAAGAAGCGAAUGAAAAUAAAUUUAAAGGGAAUGAAUUAUUUUAUCAAGCAUUUUUUGAUGAAGCUAUUAUAUCGUAUCAAAAAGCUCUUGAUAUAUCACCUUUGAAGGCAAAACAUGAACGAGCCAUUUAUUAUGCUAAUAUAGCAGAAUGUUAUAUUCGUAAGAAAUUAUGGGAUCAGGCAGUAGAAGCAUGCACAAAUGCAUUAAAAGAAGAUCCGGAAUACAUAAAGGCAUUACAUAGAAGAGCUAAAGCUAACGAAAAAAUUGGUACAUGGCAUUCUCUUGAUGCCGCACUACUUGACUAUGAAGACAUAAAAAAACGUCUUCCAGGUAGUUCUCCAAUACAUAAAUCUAUUAAAGAAUCUAUUUCAAGAGUCAAACCUAUAUUAUCAGAAGUUCAAGAAAGAGAAAAAACACAAAUGCUUAAUAAAUUAAAAGAUUUGGGUAAUAACAUCCUUGGGAAAUUUGGACUCUCAACAGACAACUUUAAAGCUGUUCAAGAUCCACAAACAGGAAAUUAUUCAAUAUCAUUUCAAAAAUAA